CCAGAUGCUGUUCCCAAGGAACUAGGCUGCUUGCUAUUUAAAACUGCAAAGAGCAAUGGAGAGUUUAGGCAAAGACCAUCCUUACUCGGACUCUUCUCUGCAACCUCCUGCAGCCCGCAAGGAGUACGCUGUGCCAGAUGUCAUCAUCACCCACCGCCUGAGAGACCGGGAGCUUCUCCGGAAGAGAAAAGCAGAAGCCCAGGAGAAAGACUCCAUUCAGUGGGAUCUGAGGGAGCAAGAGAAGAACAAACGACAGAGGAGAGGCAGAGGAGCCAGGAGAGGACGGGGCCGCCAGCUGGUGGUGGAGCCCAGCCUGGAGCCCCAGCUGGAGCCAGAACCCCAGCCUGACCCACAGAAGGAGGAUGAAGCAGCACCCUCCCAGCUGGCACCACCCUCUGAGCCCGCACCACCCUCCCAGCUGGCACCACCCGGGCCGGUGCCUCAAGGGCAGCUGCCCAUGCUGACCAUCCACGACCUGGUCACUGGGAUGCAACCAGGAGUGGCAGACGAGAAGCUGGCAGUCAGGAGCCAGGAUCCUGUGGGUGAGCUGCCAGACAGCUGCUGGCCCCGUGAAGAGGAGGUGCUGAAACCAGCAGAAGCAGAAAUACCAGAAGUUUUGAACACUCCUCUGGAAUAUGACCACCAGGAUAAUGAAUUCCACAAGCACGUUCUAUUCUAAUUUUCUGAUUCCCCCACCCCCCCAGCACCUUUUUUUCCUUUUCUGCUUUGACUCCUGCCUGACAAACUCUUGAUAUCAAAAUAUUGCAGAACGCUUUUGGCCAGCUCCUGCCUUGUGAGUAAUAAAGCCUACACUC